GACUAUAUAGCCUGGUAUUCUCGAACCUAAUUGCCUCUGCUCUAUAGACCACCCAUUACUUCGACAACGCUUUUUUAUCUCUACCUCAUUGAAAAAUGCACUUUCUAUCGUCCAAGUACGUUAUAUUUGCUCUUCAGGUAGGAUUAUUUCCUCAAUCUGUGUACCCAACGCCGCUCGAUUCUGACGCCAUGGUUAUCGAAUUACGAUUCAAGACCAAUCCCGAUCCAUUGUCAUCCCCAGCAAAUGGCUUUCCACUUAUAUCGGCCAAGGACGUCGUGAUGCCCAAAGCGCCAGACGAUGCCUUACAGGGUGCGCCGUUGAAUUCCACGACAAUGAUGCUGAUUGAGCAUUUGCUUGACCUGCAUUAUCUACGGGAGAAAGGAGACGCAUGUGUCGCUCUACCACCAAAGAAAGAACAAGGCGAGUGCGCGGACGAGGUCAUCAUAGAAAUCCUCCAACAAAAAGUCAGAAUGUCAAUACAGGAUCAGUUCGGGGGUAGGACAGUAAUUGCUAGUGUUGCUAUGUAUGUUGCUCGGUUGGCCAUUCGAUGAUGAACGUCCCGAAUCAUAGUAGAAAGCAAAGGUGUAGAGUGGUAUGAUU